GUCAUUAUUCCCAAAUUAUUAUGCAAUUUUCAAUUUUUGAACUGUGAACUGAACUAGUUUAUUCCCAAUUGAAUAUUCAAGGCAGUUGUACGAGGAAUAUUUGGAUCCAGCAUCCCUCAAAGUGAUAUUGAUUGAUACAAAAACAAAGGCCGAGCAUUAUAUUUCAAGGUGGUAAUGGGUUGGUUUUCAAAUGGGAAAUGUACGAGCAAAGUAAGGUUGGAUGGAAAAACAGCGGUUAUUACAGGAGCCAAUACUGGGAUUGGAAAGAAAACUGCACUCGAUCUUGCUAAAAGAGGUGCGACAGUCAUAAUGGCAUGCAGAAACAUCGACAAAGCUAAAGAAGCGACAAAAGGAAUAAAAAAGUGUGGAAAUGAAAAGGUUAUUGUUGAAAAACUCGACCUUUCUUCACUGCAGUCAGUCCAGGAUUUUUGUACACGGAUACAAAAAAAUCACCAGAAUAUUCAUCUGCUCAUAAACAAUGCUGGAGUUAUAACUAAGUUAAGAGAAUUGUCAGUUGACGGCUAUGAAAUGCAUUUUGCCACAAAUCACCUUGGACAUUUUCUUCUCACACUACUCCUUCUGCCAACGAUAAUUGCUCCUCAACCUGCUAGAAUUGUCAAUGUUUCUUCCAAAUUUCAUAUUUUUACUCGAUCUUUACAUUUUGAUGAUGUAAAUUUGGAAAAGUCGUAUCAAACACUGUUAGCUUAUGCAAGGAGUAAGUUAGCUAAUAUUCUUUUCACUAGAGAAUUAGCACACAGGCUAAAGGACACUGGUGUAAACGUUUAUUGCUUACACCCAGGUGUGGUGCGCACUGAAAUAUCUCGCCAUGUUGAUAGUUCAUUUUUUCGAGGUGCAAGAUGGCUUUACCACACAGUCGGCUAUCCAUUCAUGAAAAGCCCUAAACAGGGAGCACAGACGACACUUUAUUGUGCACUAGAUGAAAAGACAGCAAACAAUACCGGGCUUUAUUAUGAUGAUUGCAAAGUAUCCUGCACAUCAGCAUUAGCGAAGAAUGAUGAGGUUGCAAAAGAGUUGUGGGAGGAACCAACCAAAAAAGGAAGAGCUGGAGGAUUUUUUUUUUCAUCAAGAAAUAAUUGAAUACACUGGAAAACUGCACAUUCUCAAGAUAUAUGACUCUGAAAAUUGUACAUUUGCCUCCUAAUUAUUAUUGCAUCCUUGUUGCAUAAUUAUAUAAUAGUGUUAAGUAUUGCAGCAAGUAUAAACUGAAAGGGGAGGCUUAGAGUGAAUUGCUACUUUGUUUAGAUCAAAAGGCAUCAAGAGAAAUGCGUACAAUUGUUCAUACAAUCAAAGUUCUUAGAGACUACGUUCAAAGUAAAGCAAUUACACAGUGUGCAGCUUGAAAAGAGGAGAAAUGAAAAUACCAACCUACAGCUAGACAUGGUAUGAUGGUGCAUAUAUCAAACAGCCUACCAUUGAACACCUCCAAAACACAACCAACGACCUUCAAUCCUUUUAAAAAAAGAUGGUUCCUACUCACAUUAAGUUAUAAAUUGGGGGUUUCGGGUUCAUU